AGCAAAAGAGCAAAAAAGACGGCAACUGGGCCAAGAAGAAGAAGAAGGAACAGACUGAGAACCUGCAGGACAGACGAGAGAACGAUGGCUCAGAGAAGAAUCAGCGGAGGAAAACUCUUCAUCACAGCCGUGUACCUGGUGGCCAUGUGCAGAGCCGUGCCCGUCAAUGACCUGCUCGACCGAGCCUCACAGCGCUCCGACAAAAUGCACUCUCUGAGCACGCUGCUCACCCAGGAGAUGGACUCUCACUUCCCUCCUUACGGUAGGAUGCAAAUGCCUCGUCCUGCUGACUGCCACACCUCAAUUCUACAGACGCCCAAUGACAAAGAGCAAGCUCUGCAAGUUUCUGAGUCAGAUCUGAUGUCUCUGGCCCGCUCCCUGCUCCGAGGCUGGGUGGAUCCGUUGGCGGUCCUGUCUACCAACGCCAUCACCUUGCCUCACCCAGCCAAAAGCAGCAUAUCAAGCAAGAUACAGGAGCUACAGGAGCAUUCUAAAAGCCUGGCGGACGGUCUGGACAUACUGUCCGGCAAGAUGGGUCCCGCCGCUCAAACCAUCUCCUUCCUGCCUUACACCGGUGGGACUGACCUGGGCCAGGACCGGGUCACCAUACUAAACAAGUUCAACUUCCUGCUGUCCUGCCUUCGCCGCGACUCGCACAAGAUCGACAGCUUCUUGAAAGUCCUUCGCUGUCGUGCAGCGAAGUUGCAGCCCGAGUUGUGCUAAGGCCAGCGAGACUCUGGGUGGAGUUCUGCUUCUUACUAUCUACUAACUUAGAGCUAGCACUUGAUACCUUCAACGACAUCCUAAUUGUUGAGUAGUAAGUAGUGUAAGUUUUCAGAGGAUGGAGAUAUGGAGGAGUUAUAUAGAAGACAGAAUGUUGAACUUUUAGCAGUUACUCAAAACACUCAAUGCCCUAAUUGUUUUUCGGGGUAAACCAUAGGAAUUUGGUCAAAAAGGACAUUUUUAAUGUUUUUUUAUAGGGACAGAUUUCUAUUGUUAAUGGCAUCAUAUCAGCUGUAGUCAUUGCUGCCUUUUUUUCUUUCCAGCUGGUCUGGCAUUACAAAUUGGCCAUCAUUUCCUAACCUAACUCAGUAACUUCUGUAUCGUCCAUAUCUUGCCUCCUCCUUGUCUCGUCUUUCUCUGAAACAGUUCCGCCCUCAAAGUCAGACUCCCCAACAGCUGAGCGCUGAAGCACAGGGUUUCUUCUUCUUCUUCUUCCCCAGUUAUACUGUGCAGCAUUUGCACUUUAGAUUUAUUCCCCCCUUCAAUGCAGUGCCUGUCACUGAAUUGUUUCCUUUAAGUCUGUUUAUCAAUAAAUACUAUUUCUUGCACAGUGAA